AUAACUAAACUCCAAACAAAAGCUGCAGUUUCUUAACAGUCAGUCCAAAGUAACAAAAACAAGUGACUCUACAAACUUACAGAUAUCAGAAAAUUCCUCUUUUCUCUUCCAUUCCUUCUUCACUUGAAAACAUAUCCAAACUAAUCAAGUUGAAUUGCAGUAAAUAGCAUAUGUGGACCUAGACCGUUAAAGCGUUUCCAAGUGGUAAAUAAGGUCGCGGUUUCAAACCCCGUCUCUGUAGCUAACAUCUAACAAUACGAGACUCUAGCAGUCCGUAAACUAUCUAAGUUAAUAGAAAAUUGCAGUAAAUGCUUGUUUACCAGCUUUUCAUUGUACGGUCAUUUUCAACUACUUCCUUGCCAUUUCAUAAUAAAUUGCCCUUCUUUUCUUUAUUACUCUCACGCUUCACAUUUAUUGUAGACAUUCAUACCACAAACUCUUCUCACCUCUUCAAACUUUUUAGUUCCACUUCUCAAGGCCUUAUCUUUGUCUCUACCCAUUUGGUUUGUCUAUAAGAUUUUUGGCUGUUUUCUGUUUGUUUCUUGAGAAUAUACAUUUAACUACCUACAUUCUUUUCCUUCAUUAACUUCACUUACCAAUUUUCAAGAAAUAUGCCAUUCUUUCAUCUCCCCAUGAGAAUUAUCCUCUUUUGAUUUCUGGGUUUUCUUCAAUUCACUAAAAGUUACUAACUUUUCUAUGAUUCAUGUCCAAAUUUCUUAAAUUUUCUUCUUGGGUUUGUUUAGGUUCAGGAAAAGCUUCAAUCUUUGUACUUUCUAAUGGCUCUAAUGCAUGAGAAUUAGUCCUCAAUGGGGUCAUCAACCUGGUUUUAUUCACUGUUUUUUUCAUGGGUAUUCUUUAUUUCCAGUACCCAUGAGUUACAAACCUACCAGGCUCAACUUUUACUGCAGGUGAGGAAGCAUUUGGACUACCCUUCACAUUUGGAUAUAUGGGGCAAUUACAAUGGAGACCUUUGCAAUUUGUCUUCAACUUUGCACAUGAGCAUCAUUUGUAAGGACAAUGUUAUUACUGAGCUCAGAAUUAAAGGGGAUAAAACUGUCAAGGUUAGUGAGUUCAAUGGCUUUCCUAUUCCUACUCAAACUUUAUCUCACAGUUUCUCAGUUGAUUCUCUUGUUACUACUUUGACAAGGCUAACCACUUUGAAAGUUCUUAGUUUAGUGUCUUUGGGGAUUUGGGGACCACUUCCUGAUAAGAUUCAUAGGUUGAAUUCACUUCAAGUUUUGGAUUUGAGCUCUAAUUUUUUGGUUGGUUCAAUUCCUGCUUCAGUUUCAAGAAUGGUAGAGCUUAAUUCAUUGAUAUUAGAUGGAAAUUAUUUCAAUGGAUCUGUUCCUGAUUGGUUUGAUUCAUUGCCAAAUCUCACUGUUUUGAGCUUGAAGGGUAAUCAUUUUAAGGGACAAUUUCCUUCUUCUAUUAGCAGAAUAACUACAUUAACUGAUAUUGCCUUGUGUCAUAAUCAGCUUACUGGUAAAUUGCCCGACUUGAGUAGCUUAACUAGCCUGCAUGUGUUGGAUUUGAGAGAGAACAAAUUAGAUUCUGACUUGCCUGCAAUGCCUAAAGAGUUGGUUACUGUGCUCCUGAGCAAUAAUUCAUUCUCUGCCAAAAUUCCUGACCAAUUUGGCCAAUUGAGUCAUCUUCAACAUCUUGAUUUGUCAAUAAAUCAUCUGAGUGGAAAGCCUCCAUCUUCCUUGUUCUCUUUGCCGGAUAUCAGGUACUUGAAUUUAGCUUCUAACAUGCUUAGCGGAUCACUUCCGGACGAUCUUACUUGCGGUAGCAACCUAGGAUUUGUCGACAUUUCCGCGAACAUGUUUAUGGGUGAGCUUCCCUCAUGCUUGGGGAGUAUGUCAAAUAACAGAGCAGUUAGGUUUGCUGAGAAUUGUUUAUCCAUUGAUGCUCAAAAUCAGCAACCAGAGUCAGUCUGUGAGGAAGCUAAGCAAUCAAGAGGUAGAGCAGUAGGAACAAUAAUUGCUGUCGUUGGUGGAACAGUUCUUGCUAUGGUGCUUUUGGCGUUUGGAGUUCUGUGUUGCUGCAGAAGAUACUGUUCUAAGAGAACACUUGAGCAGAAUUUAUUUGCCAAGGCUGUGCAAGAUAAUGCAGCUACUGCAGUUUCCUCUGAUGUUCUUGCAAACGCCAGAUACAUUUCUCAAGCAGUGAAGCUUGGUACACAAGGCGCCCCAAUAUGUCGUGUAUUUUCCUUUGAAGAGUUGACAGAAGCCACAAACAACUUUGAUUCAUCAACAUUAAUGGGGGAAGGUUCCACCGGAAAGAUUUAUAGAGGAACAUUGGCGAAUGGCACAAAUGUUGCUAUACGGUCUCUAACUUUGUUGAAGAAAAGUUCAAUUCAAAAUCUUAGAGUUCGGCUGGAUUUGCUCUCAAAGCUUCAUCAUCCAAAUUUGGUUAGCCUCUUGGGAUAUUGCAUUGACAGCAGCGGGCUAGACGAUUUAAGUGGCACCAAAGUCUUCCUUAUAUAUGAUUAUAUAACUAAUGGAAAUUAUCAUGCCCAUUUGUCAGAAACUUGCCCAGAGAAAGUCCUCAACUGGCCAGAUAGAUUGGCAAUUCUUAUUGGUGUUGCUAAGGCCGUGCAUUUUCUACAUACUGGGGUGAUUCCGGGUACUCUGAAUAAUCGACUUAAAACAAACAAUAUAUUACUUGAUGAGCACGGAAUUGCAAAACUGAGUGAUUACGGCAUGGCUGUAAUGACAGAAGAAAUUGAAAAAAUUGAGGUCAAGGCAGAGACAGCAAAAUCACGUUACAGAACAAACUUAGAGGAUGAUGUUUACAAUUUUGGGUUCAUACUUCUUGAGUCACUUGUUGGUCCUAUAGUUACUGGCAAAGGAGAAGCAUUUCUGCUCCAUGAAAUGAAAUUGCAGGCAUCAUUUGGAAGCCAAGACGGUCGAAGGCGCAUUGUAGACCCAAUUGUUUUAACGACAUGCUCGCAAGAAUCAUUAUCAAUUGUGGUGGCUAUCACAAGCAAAUGCAUUUCUCCCGAGCCUUCAUCUCGUCCAUCUUUCGAGGAUGUCUUAUGGAAUUUACAAUAUGCAGCUCAAGUCCAGACCACUGCCGAUUCUGAUCAAAAAUCAGAUUCUACAUCACUGUCAUAAGUAACACAGAAGAUAAAAAAACUCCUUCCACAAGGUGAUGUGUCCAUAGUAACCAGCAACUUUAUUCAUAUGUACGUUGCGACAGCUUUUGUCGGAUUGAAAUGCAAAGUGUAAAGCUGUAAAUGUCACAUUUGAUCGUUAUACAGUUUGUUAGAUGUAAUUUCCUUCUGAAAACAGGAACUCUAGUGGUAACAAGCAUUUGUACAAUGUAGGAUGUCCUAAGGUUGAACAAGCCAGCUAGAUUAAGAAUUUUUUUCCACACAUUUGUUGGUGUUUGAAAUUAUGAAAAAUACAAGGACUAGAGCAAUAUCCGUUUUCCUUA